AUGAUUUUUCUGCUAUUUUUCACAAAUUUCACUAUUAAAAAUACGAUCGAAGGAAAACGAUUUGUUCGAAAAGGAGCGUUAAGACAAAAAAAUAUACACGAAAUUAAAUCCCAUAAGUUUAUCGCACGUUUUUUUAAACAACCAACGUUUUGUUCACAUUGCAAGGACUUCCUUUGGGGAUUAAAUAAGCAAGGAUUUCAAUGCCAAGUAUGUACUUUGGUGGUUCAUAAGCGGUGCCAUGGAUUUGUUGGAUUUCAAUGUCCUGGUGCCGAUAAAGGAGUUGAUACUGAUGAUCCUCGUCAGCAGCACAAGUGGAAAGUUCAAACAUAUUCAUCACCGACUUUUUGCGAUCACUGUGGUUCUCUUCUCUAUGGUCUGAUACAUCAGGGAAAACGAUGCCAAUCAUGCAAUAUGAAUGUUCAUCACAGAUGUGUUAAAAAUAUACCAAAUAUGUGUGGCACUGAUCAUACGGAAAAACGAGGUCGGAUCCAUUUAAAUAUACGAGCUGAGAAUGAUAUUUUGAAAAUCCACGAAGCUCGAAAUUUAAUUCCAAUGGACCCAAAUGGAUUAUCAGAUCCGUAUUGCAAACUGAAGCUUAUACCGGAUGAUCAGUCGUCAAAAUCAAAGCAGAAAAGCAAGAAAAUCCGCGCAACUCUGAAUCCGGUGUGGGAUGAGCAUUUUUUGUACAAGCUAGAGCCAGAUGAUAUUGAUCGAAGAUUAUCAGUGGAAGUGUGGGAUUGGGACCGCACAUCUCGAAAUGAUUUUAUGGGGUCAUUAUCGUUUGGAAUCAGCGAAUUGAUGAAAGAACCUGUCGAAGGGUGGUUUAAAUUAUUAAAUGCUACGAAUAAAUCUUCAAUGUGGAAAAAGCAGAAAGAUACAAUCAAGGCAACAGAUUUUAAUUUUUUAUCAGUACUUGGUAAAGGAUCAUUUGGAAAGGUACUUUUGGGAGAACACAAGGUGACCAAAGAGUUAUUCGCCAUUAAAAUCUUGAAAAAAGAUAUCAUUGUACAAGACGAUGAUGUGGAAUGUACCAUGACGGAAAAGAGAGUUUUAGCUUUACCAGAUAAAUCACCGUUUUUAGUUACUCUUCAUUCCUGCUUUCAAACAAUGGAUCGCUUAUAUUUUGUUAUGGAAUUUAUUGGUGGCGGUGAUCUUAUGUACCAAAUUCAACAAGUUGGAAAGUUCAAGGAACCAGUUGCUGUAUUUUAUGCUGCUGAAACAGCUAUUGGCUUAUUUUUUUUGCAUUCGAAAGGAGUUAUCUACAGGGAUCUAAAGUUGGAUAAUGUCAUGCUUGAUUGUACUGGACAUAUAAAAAUAACAGAUUUCGGAAUGUGUAAAGAUGGAAUCUUCGGUGGUGCAACGACAAAAACAUUUUGUGGUACUCCGGAUUAUAUUGCUCCUGAGAUUAUUUUGUACCAGCCUUAUAAUAAGGCUGUUGAUUGGUGGGCAUAUGGUGUGCUAUUAUUCGAAAUGUUGGCCGGACAACCACCAUUUGAUGGUGAGGAUGAAGAUGAACUCUUCACAGCAAUUACUGAGCUCAAUGUAUCUUAUCCAAAGUCUAUGUCCAAAGAAUCUGUCUCGAUUUGUAAAGGAUUGCUACAAAAGAAUCCGGAAAAGCGAUUAGGUUCAGGUGCUACAGAGGAACAAGAUAUAAAGGAGCAUGCAUUUUUUCGACGUAUAGAUUGGUUCAAAAUGGAAAAUCGGCAAGUUCAACCCCCUUAUAAGCCAAGAUUGAAAAGUCCGAGCGAUGUAUCACAUUUUGAUACUGAAUUUACUCAAGAAGCACCUCAUUUAACUCCAAUUGACCGAUUAUUUUUGAUGAAUCUAGAUCAAAACGAAUUCGAAGGCUUUUCUUUUACAAAUCCCGAUUAUGUACAGAGUCAAUAG